AUGAAUUCCUCAAACUUUUCCAUGGAGAUUCCUUUGAGUACGGAAGACUCUGAACUUGAUAUCAAUCUUGUGUACGAAAAAUAUAUCCCGGAAAAGUUCCUUAUCCCUAAGGUCCUUAAAACAAUUUUAUACAUCUUCGGAUUUCCUGGGAACAUCCUGGCAUGCCUCCUGUGGCUACAGAAGCCUAUGCUGCACUCCUCGGGUUGUUACCUUGCCGCACUGGCCGUGUCUGAUGUGAUUUUUCUGAUUAUGUCUUUAAUGUACGAUUUGACACUUUAUUGGAAGGUGAAAAUCCUAGAUUUUCCGACUAUUUGUCAGCUCUUUCCGUGUUUGUACCUGUCUGUACAAUAUCUGUCGCCUUUGCUUACCUUGGCGUUUACAGUAGAGCGCUUUAUAUCCAUACGAUUUCCUUUUAAAAGAAGGAUCUAUUGUAACAUUAAGAGAGCUGUGUGUGUUAUUCUUACAUUGGUUGUCAUUUCGCUUGGUGUUGCUGGGAUCCAAAUCUAUUUUUGGCAUUAUGAUUACCACUCUGAGAAAUGUGUCAACAAACUGGAACUUGCCUACCUAUCUGAGAAGUGGACAUGGAUCACUGAAUGUGUAAUGUUCAUGUUUGUCCCCGGUUUGAUUCUAUUCUUCAAUAUACUUUUGGUUGUCACCAUGAGAAACUCUUCCAGAAGAGCUCAGGAACUGUAUGGACCGAUGCCCCCGAAACAGAGAACUGCAACAACCAAGAUGCUGUUAGUUGUCUCAUUUGUUUUAAUUUUUACUACGAUACCAGUCAGCAUCGUUUAUUCGUUAAAUGAGAAAUUUCCAGUGGGGAGUGCAAAUUCCAUCGACAAUAUUUCUAAUGACGUCACAUGGCAACGUCAUUUAAAUUUCGUUUUGACCCAGGAAGUGAUAUACGAUCUGGGACUAAUACAUUACGCUUGUAACUUCUAUCUUUAUUUGCUCACAGGCAAAAGAUUUAGACUUGCCAUCAAAAAAUAUUUUCAGAAACUUUCUGUUAUGAGACUGGUGGAUUUCAGAGACAGAAGUUCAAGGUCCCUGAGGUCUUCGUUUACAGAAUUGAGGUCCAUGUCUUAAUCUCUUCUUCUGAGGAAUACAUGGUCCAUUAAUGAAAGGAAAUGAAAUUAGAAACAUUAUCAUGAACGUUGUUAACACAUUUUUUACUUAGAGUUUAUAUUGAUUUUCAAUAUAUUCCCAUCUUCAUAUGGAUAUAUUAUCACGUAUUUACAGCUUAUACCAAUAAAUCUACGAAAAAUAUAGAAAAUUGCAUAAUCCAUAAAUGUUUCAUUGAAACUUGUAACGCAUUAGCAGCUUAAAAUAAAACUAUAAAACUGACAACUUAUUUCGGCAGCAUGUUGUACGAAAAAAAAAUCACUAAUGCUUGAUUUUUUUAAAGACAAAUAGGUUGUCAGAUACAGUACGAAAUGCUAUCUUUGCAAGGAUUUUUAUUUACUUAUGGGUGUUCUUAUAAAAUGUAACAGUACCUCUAACUAUUUCAGUGUGUAGGGAGAUGGUAUUCAUGUAACAGUACCUCUAACUAUUUCAGUGUGUAGGGAGAUGGUAUUCAUGUAAAAUAUUUAGGCAAGGUAUAUAAGAUUGAUUGGAUUUAGUGCUGUUCUUUCAUCAUUACCUAA